UUUUGGGGUUUCUAGUUGGGCAGCUUUGGAGCCACACUGGUAGAACUUCAAGUCCCAGGUGGCUCAGGAAGCAGGGGUGCAGUUGCCUGCCUGGGUACGGAGCAAGGCAUGUUUGAAGAGUACCCGGUUUUGGUAGAGUGACUUCUAUUCACUAAAACCAUGUGUCUGAACUGAAGAAGCUUGGGAUCACUUCCACAAAUAAAGCGACGGAAGAAAUUAUAGGCGAGGCUGAGAUCUAAAAGGAGAGCUCCAGAAUGGAGGCUUGGAUCAGGGGCAGACCAGGAGCUUAUCAAGAUACAAUUGAAUAAUCAAAGGGUGGAGCCUGGACAAAAUGUUUACUUGUCUGAUCAGAAAAGGCUUCUGGUGUCUUUAAAAAAUAAAAUAAACUACUUGAAAAGAAAAAAAUCAAGAACUAGAAAGAAGACUAUAACAAAAAAGAAGGAGGGGUCACAGGUGAACGAGAUGUGGUCAACACACACAAAGGAGAACAAAAAGUGGAAAAAUGCUAAUCACUGAAAGAAAACAUUUUUGGUCAGGAAGAAUUGCACAAAGUAGGUCUGAAGCAAAUUUGAUUGACAUGGAAGCUGGAAAACUCUCAAAAAGUUGCAAUACUACAGAAUGCCAGGACCCAGACUUGCUUCACAAUUGGCCGGAUGCUUUCACCCUUCACGGUAAUAAUGCUUCCAAAGUUGCAAAUCCAUUCUGGAAUCAACUGUCUGCUUCUAACCCAUUUUUGGAUGACAUAACUCAACUAAGAAAUAACAGGAAGAGAAAUAAUAUUUCCAUCUUAAAGGAAGAUCCUUUUCUUUUCUUUAGAGAAAUAGAAAAUGGAAAUUCUUUUGAUUCCUCCGGUGAUGAACUUGAUGUGCAUCAGUUACUUAGGCAGACUUCCUCAAGAAAUUCUGGAAGAUCUAAAAGUGUUUCAGAACUUCUGGACAUUUUAGACGACACAGCACAUGCCCAUCAGAGUAUACAUAACUCUGACCAGAUCCUACUACACGACUUAGAGUGGCUUAAAAAUGAUCGGGAGGCUUAUAAAAUGGCUUGGUUAAGUCAACGCCAGCUGGCCCGCUCCUGCCUUGAUUUGAAUACAAUUAGUCAGAGCCCUGGAUGGGCCCAGACACAACUUGCGGAGGUCACCAUAGCUUGCAAAGUAAACCAUCAAGGAGGGUCAGUACAAUUACCUGAAUCAGACAUCACUGUUCAUGUGCCCCAAGGUCAUGUGGCUGUGGGAGAAUUCCAAGAGGUGUCUCUAACGGCUUUCCUUGAUCCGCCACACAUGCUUAACCAUGAUCUUUCGUGCACUGUGAGCCCGUUGUUGGAAAUCAUGUUAGGCAACCUCAAUACAAUGGAAGCCCUUUUGCUGGAGAUGAAAAUUGGGGCUGAAGUAAGAAAGGAUCCUUUCAGCCAAGUCAUGACAGAAAUGGUGUGUUUACACAGCUUGGGUAAAGAAGGCCCUUUUAAAGUUUUAAGCAACUGCUACAUUUAUAAAGACACCAUCCAAGUCAAGCUAAUCGACUUGAGUCAGGUAACGUAUCUAGUGGUUGCUGCACAAGCUAAAGCUCUUCAGUCACCAGCUGCCACCAUUUGGGAUUAUAUCCACAAAACCACCUCAAUUGGAAUUUAUGGACCCAAAUAUAUCCAUCCCAGUUUUACUGUUGUUUUAACAGUUUGUGGACACAAUUAUAUGCCAGGACAGCUUACAAUUUCUGAUAUUAAGAAGGGUGGAAAAAACAUAUCUCCAGUUGUGUUUCAGCUCUGGGGGAAGCAGUCAUUUUUACUUGACAAGCCACAAGAUUUAAGUAUUUCUAUUUUUUCCUGUGAUCCUGAUUUUGAAGUAAAGACAGAAGGAGAAAGGAAAGAAAUUAAACAAAAGCAGUUGGAAGCAGGUGAAGUAGUUCAUCAACAAUUUUUAUUUUCUUUAGUUGAGCACAGAGAGAUGCACUUGUUUGAUUUUUGUGUUCAAGUGGAGCCUCCCAAUGGUGAACCAGUUGCACAGUUCUCUAUCACUACUCCUGAUCCAACCCCAAACCUAAAAAGACUCUCGAAUCUGCCAGGCUAUUUGCAGAAGAAGGAGGAAAUCAAGUCUGCUCCUUUAUCACCAAAAAUUCUUGUUAAAUAUCCUACAUUUCAAGAUAAAACAUUGAACUUUACCAACUAUGGGGUAACCCUGAAGGCAGUGCUAAGACAAAGCAAGAUUGAUUACUUCCUUGAAUAUUUCAAAGGGGACACAAUAGCUCUCCUCGGGGAAGGUAAGGUAAAAGCUAUUGGUCAGUCCAAAGUGAAAGAAUGGUAUGUAGGAGUCCUCAGAGGUAAGAUUGGACUUGUACACUGCAAAAAUGUCAAGGUGAUUUCAAAGGAGCAAGUAAUGUUUCUGUCAGAUAGUGUCUUUACAACCAGAAAUCUUCUUGAACAAAUUGUCCUGCCUUUAAAAAAAUUGACUUAUAUCUACUCAGUUGUAUUAACCUUGGUGUCAGAAAAAGUUUAUGAUUGGAAAGUUUUAGCUGAUGUUCUGGGUUACUCACAUCUGUCCCUGGAAGAUUUUGAUCAAAUUCAAGCAGACAAAGAAUCAGAAAAAGUUUCUUAUGUUAUAAAGAAGUUAAAGGAAGAUUGCCACACAGAGAGAAAUACAAGGAAGUUUCUGUAUGAACUUAUUGUGGCUCUUCUGAAAAUGGAUUGCCAAGCAUUAGUCGCACGUCUUAUCCAAGAAGCUGCUGUUCUGACUUCAGCUGUCAAGCUUGGAAAAGGCUGGAGGGAACUAGCUGAAAAGUUAGUACGACUCACAAAGCAACAAAUGGAGGCAUAUGAAAUUCCUCAUCGAGGAAACACUGGAGAUGUUGCUGUUGAGAUGAUGUGGAAACCUGCCUAUGAUUUUCUGUAUACCUGGAGUGCUCACUAUGGAAAUAACCACAGAGAUGUGUUACAAGACCUUCAAUCAGCUUUGGACAGAAUGAAAAACCCUGUGACUAAACACUGGAGAGAAUUAGCUGGAGUUUUAAUACUAGUAAAUUCUUUGGAGGUUUUGAGAGUAACUGCAUUCUCCACUUCUGAGGAAGUAUAGAAACAAAGGGUGUGUUUUUGUUGGGAGGGAAAAUGAGGUAAUGGUGUGUGUGUGUGUGUGUCUGUGUGUGUCUGUGUGUGUCUGUGUGUGUGUGUCUGUGUUGUGUCUGUGUGUGUGUAAGAAAGAAAGAAUCUCAGAAAAGCAUUAUAUUAAUUUUCUUCAUGCUCAAAACCAAUUUUUUUCUGAUGAAAUCACAGCCUAACUGAUAACCAAGAUGGGUUUUAUCCUCAAAUAUGUAUUUUUGUGUAUGUUUCAAAUACAAGUAUUAGGCUGCUUUGUUCUUAGAAAGGAAAGAAAAAAGAAAAGUGCCCUCUCUCUCUUUCAGUGUUAUUUUAAAUUUACUAAGUCAAAGCUGUUUGAAUAAUUACAUCACACAGAUAUCUGGGUAAACUAGAGACUAUCAACAUGAACAAGGCAGUGUUCCCAGGAGGCAGCUAGAAAGAGGGAAAGCAAGCACACACCCUGUGGCCAGUCACGGCUGCCUGCUUUCCACACCUGACCUCUUCAGUUCAUCAGUGGGGUUCGCCAGCAUCACCCCCAUUUUUCAUGGGGAGAAACUCAGAAGUGGAGAGAACGUCUGAGGCUACAUAGCCAGUACAAAAUCGCUUCUUGACCCGCACAACUUUCUGAUUUGAUGAGUUCAACAGAAACCACCUCAAGAUGCAUAUUGGAUUUCUAAAUAGAGAUAUCAAGAAAUGAAGAUAUGCGUUUCCAGUUCCAGGGAGAAAUUCAGACUGGAAAUAUAAAUUUAGGAAUUUUAAAGUUAGUGGUCACAUUUAAAGCUGCAGAAUACAAAGAGAUCACCUGUGUGAGAGAACUGAGUCCCGAAACAUACCCGUGUUUAAAGAUCUGGGAGGUGUAGAGGAAUUAUCAAAGGAGACUGAGAAGGAACAGCCAGUGAGGAAAAGAGUUUUAGGAAUCAGAGUACUCAAAAGAGGAUAGAAGAAUAGGAUGUCAUCGAGAACAGAUGUGUUUGACGGGGUGAUUAAAACUGGAAAUUUUGGAGUGGAUAAAAUUGUUAAUAAUGAAGUUUAGCCAUGACCAUGGUUGAGGUGGAACAGAGAUAAGCAAAAAGAAAAGCAAGAGAUAUGGAACUGAACUUCCCUUUGGCAAAAAAUUUAGAAAAUGAUAAUGAGUUCACAAUGUUUGUCAGAACUUCAGUGUAUUUAUGCUGGGUACUAUGUUUUUUGCCAAAACAAACCAUAUGAAGACACACCCUUUGCUGGGCAAGGAGAGUGAGGAAGGUGAUGCGACAGUACGGACACCAAAGAAGAGGCUGUAAUCAGAUGCUCGCUGGACCCUUAGCACAUAUAGUGGAGGAGCAGAGGAGAAGGAACAUCGAUAUCAGCAUACCUUAAGCCUUUUGAACAGACUUGUCGAUACUCUCUUGGAAAAGUAUUUUUAAAAAUAGAAUUGAAUAUUUUUAAACUUUCAUCCCAAUAGAAAGCUAAAGUUAAUGAGGAAACUUGGAUUCAUUUCACAAAACGUUGCUUUCUCUAGACCCCUUCGUGGAUGGUAUCAGAUGAUUUCAGUCCAACCUUCCAUUGCAUUCUCUGACUGAGCCAACACAGCUGGAUUCUCAGCCAACUAUGAAGUUUAAAUUGACUCCGCUUUCGGUCUCUCUGAAGAUAACGUUAAGCUGCAGCUCCAUAUCUGUGAAAACCCAUUUCACAGCAUCUGCAUCCCUGGAUUGCUAAAUACCCUUGUCUAGUUACCCGAAUAUUAAUGGAUCCCAUGGAAUAAGGUGGCAUGAUUUAGGCGCAAGCAAUUACCAAAGGAUUUUGAAAAGCAGUAACUCCAAAUUAUCUUGUAAAGUUGAGAAUAAUCUGAGAAGAGCUAUUGUAAGAUUGGGAAUCAAGUAACAAAAUAAAGAUAUGAACCGUC